UUGUGAAGUUUCAGCCUUUGAUGGUUUGGGUCCUGGGAUUCUGGUUAGUACAAGGGGAAGCCUAGUGGGUCUGGCGCUCCGUUUUCAAGACACUCGGAGUCCAUCUUUGUCUAAGGGGAAAGGUCAUGGCCCUGAAACCUUCUGCUCCCAAUGAGCCCCCUACCACAGGUGAUCCAGAUGGCUCCCCUACCACAGGUGGUCCAGGUGCCCCAGGUGAGGUGCCCAAAGAGCCGCAAGAGCCUACACAGACACCAGAAGAACUGGCGUUUUACGCCCCAAACUACCUAUGUUUGACCAUCUUUGCUGUACUUCUAUUCCCUCCAUUUGGAUUGCCAGCUUUGUACUUCUCUUACCAGACUAUGAAGGCCAACAAGAAAAGCGAAUGGGAAGAGGCUUACACCAACUCAGGCCGAACUGGUUGGCUCAGUGCAUUUGCGGUAAUGAUCGGCUUAGGCAUCAUUUAUGGCUUAGUCCUAUUUUAAUGAAGGCUAGGCAUAGCAACCCAAGGGUCCGCUCCCCAACCGAGCCACUCACCAAAACACUAGCCAGCCAAGUCAGCCAUCGAGCAAGAAACUCAACUGCUGAGACAUCUAGCCAAGAAAUCCUCCAACCAAGGAACUCAACAUUCAAGAAACCCACGAACCCAGGAACACCCAGACCACCUGCCUGUGCUACUUCAACUCACUCAGCUCCAGGGCUGUCUUCAUCCACCCUAGGGGUCCACACUUCAUGCCCUAGAUCCCUUUAACUCCUUGACACUGGGUUGUUCUUUCAGAGGAAUCUUUAAACCAAAAAACUGGAAUAGAA